CCAACCCACAGCCGUUAUAAAAAAAGCCCACUGCCUCUCCCAACUCUUCUCCCCCUUCCCCUUCCCACUCUCUCUCACUUCUCACUGAAGCUAAAAAAAAAAGUUCCUUCCCCACCUCACAAGUCCGAAACGUUUCGUCGGGGUUUCACCCUCCGGCCAUGGCUACCAGACAGCAGCAGCAACAGAGAUACCGUGGCGUCCGUCAGCGGCAUUGGGGCUCCUGGGUCUCCGAAAUUCGCCACCCGCUUCUCAGUAAGACGAGAAUAUGGCUGGGGACGUUCGAGACGGCGGAGGACGCGGCCCGAGCCUACGACGAAGCGGCCCGGCUGAUGUGUGGGCCGAAAGCCCGGACCAAUUUCCCUUACAGCGCGGCCCAAGCCCAGUCGUCUUCUUCCAGGCUCCUCUCCGGGACUCUCGCCGCCAAGCUCCACAAAUGCCACAUGGCCUCCCUCCGGGGAAUCACGGCCUCCAACAAAAUCACUGCUACUAACAAAACUACUACCGCUACGACUAAAACUGGUGCAGUGAAGAUGGAAGAUACGAUUCAGUACUCGCAGGAACAUCGAUGGAGAGCAGAAGCGCAAUGCUGCGUCGGCGGCGGGGAAGCUGCGGCGGCGGAAACGGUGGCCGGAGGGAGUUUUGAGAUGGCCAAUGAUCAGGAGGCGAAGCAAAAUGGGUUUGUUGGUGACGAGGAUGAGCAGAUUAUGGUAGAGCAGAUGAUAGCGGAGCUGCUGGAUUGUGGCGUGUCCCUCGAGCUUUCUUCUGUUUCUUCCUCAUCUUAUAAUUACUAAUUAAUUCAGAAUUAAUGAUAUUAAAUGUUAAUUAAUUAA